AAUUUGUUGUGCCAGUCCAAUUUCAAAAUUACAGUUGAUUACAUAAUGCUACAACAGCAUGGCUUCUCAUACAUUAAGGGGCACAUUUUAGAAUCGAAGAAGAAAUAGUAGUUCACUCAUAAUUGUAAAGUGGUCAAAAUUGUAAUGUUAUAAAAUGGAAAAAGAAACAAAAUCUUUUAAAUGCAUGGCAUGCAGAGCAUUUGAUAGCAAAUGGAUACAAAUACUUGGUGACUGUCCAGCAGUGGAUGAGUGUCUGAAGAAAAAGAAAGGAUGCUGUUGGAACCUUCUCAAUUUUUAUAAUUGUUUCGCACGAGGACUUUCGCAGAUCGCGUUCGCGAAUAACCCAAUCACUGGAACGUUGGUACUCCUCGCGCUGUUUGCAGCUAGCCCAACGGUUGGUGUCGGAGGACUUGUGGGAGCAAGUGUGUCAGUUUUAACAGCAAUGGCAUUUGGUAUCCAAAAGCCACUCAUUACUUCCGGUUUAACAACAUAUAACGGAGCUCUGGUCGGAAUUAUCACAACGUCGUUACUUCCACUUCUAUAUUCCAAGCCAGUAACGCUCUAUGUAUGGAUGUUCAUUAUAUUUGGGGCUAGUUUAAGCGUCAUCAUCAACUCGUGUAUCGACAAUUUGUUCUCAUCAUCACAGAAAAAUGUAUUGCCCCCUUUGACGCUCACGUUCAACGCAAUCCAACUCCUCAUGUUUGUCUGCUUAAUGUCAAGUAACGCUUCUGAACAGGAACAUGGAGCAACAGUACAAGAUAUUUCGACCAAAACUCAAGAAACGUAUCCUAUUCCAACUAGUAACAGUAGUGCAACUGCAUUAUUUUCGCAUCAAAAUUCUGCUAAACACAUUUUUGCCUUCCCCAAGAUAAUUUUCUCUCACUUCCGUUACCGACAGAUAUUUCCAGCUGAUAAUUUUCACUCGCCCGGCGGGAGACGGGCUUAUACGCUAUUUGCCAUCGGUGUAGUUCUAUCUGUAGGACAAGUUCAUGGACUUAAUGACUUGUGGGCGAGUGUCAUAAUAAUGUUGGGAAUCUUUAUCUAUUCACCAAUACAUUUAGUUACUGGUAUUAUUGGAGCUGGGCUUGGUUCGACUUGUGGCAUAUUGCUGGCGAAUGAAGAUUUCGAUGAUGUGUACAAUGGUCUUUGGGGAUACAAUGGUUUCCUUGCAAGUGUUGCAAUUAGCAGUAUAUUUUUUCUGCCAAGUAUACGUAGCUUCAUAGUUGCUGGUGCUAACGUUGUCACGGCAGCUUUGGUACAGAAAGCUUUUCAACUUGGAUUCAAGCAAUUGAACCUGCCAUACCUGACGGUUCCAUAUGUGCUGACAACCUUGAUAUUUCUGCAAGCAAAGGUGAAGGAUGGGUCGCCCAUUCGUAUCAAGAACAUUUCAUAUCCGGAGAAACACUUGUACGAGCAUUACGUCGGAAUGAGGAAGGACUCGUCACCCCAUAAAGACCAAGAGAUGUCGUGUGACGCUUGUAGAAGUACCUCCAACGCUGGAAAAAGUCAAACGAUAUUGACUCCUGAGUAGUUGUGCUAUGUGUCUUGGCUGAUGAAUUUCAAUUGAUUUAUUUCAGGUGGAGUUUCCUUUGAUAAUAAACUGAUAAGGUGAAAUGUACAGAGAUGCUCAAAUACAGAGCAGAUUCUAUAUAGGGUGGAUAAAUUAUUACAUUAUACCUAAAAAAUUGGAGUAGCUUCAAGCAUUUAGUUAGAAUUUGAUACUAAUAUUUAGUGUGAUAAGGUUAUGUAUAUCCAAAUGAUAAUAAAAAGAUUUGGUCCUUACAUGAA